AUGGCCGGCCAGUCAAAGGUAGAAACUCUUCCACCAUGGGGUAAUGCUGUCGCAGGCGCCGCUGGUGCCGUCAUCGCAAACACCCUUGUCUACCCCCUAGAUUUGAUCAAGACGCGACUACAGGUCCAGGUUAAGCGCUCGCCUACGUCCAACGACCCCAAUCCCGCCGACCACGAACACUACGAUGGCGCCAUCGACGCGUUGCAGAAGGUCUUUGCGCAGGAGGGUCUUUCUGGACUAUACGCCGGCAUAGGAGGCUCUCUGCUCGGCGUAGCAUCGACCAACUUCGCUUAUUUCUACUGGUAUACCGUUGUACGCAGCCUCUACAUGGCGAACCGCACGCUUCAAACGUCACCGAGCACGCCGGUCGAACUCUCCCUUGGAGCGCUCGCGGGAGCGCUCGCCCAGCUUUUCACAAUCCCGGUCGCAGUCGUAACGACGAGGCAACAGACCAUGAGCAAGGCGGAGCGCAAGGGCAUGAUCGCUACGGCUAUGGACGUGGUCAACGGCGAUGACGGCUGGACGGGGCUUUGGCGAGGACUCAGGGCGAGUCUGGUGCUCGUCAUCAACCCAUCAAUCACAUACGGAGCGUACCAGCGAUUACGGGAAGUCAUGUACCCAGGAAAGAAGACGCUGAAGCCCCUCGAGGCGUUCCUCAUCGGAGCCAUGUCCAAGACGCUUGCCACAAUCGCAACCCAGCCGCUCAUCGUCGCGAAAGUCGGUCUUCAAUCGAAACCUCCACCAGCCCGGAACGGAAAGCCUUUCAAGUCCUUCACCGAAGUCAUGCAAUACAUCAUACAACACGAAGGCCCGGCGGCGCUAUUCAAGGGCAUCGGACCCCAGAUCCUCAAGGGCCUGCUCGUCCAAGGUUUCCUCAUGAUGACCAAAGAGCGCAUUGAGCUUUCCUUCAUCUUGCUAUUCCGAUACUUCCGCCAAGUACGCGCCGAGAAGCUCCAGAAGCUGGCGAAUAUUGCGGCAGAAAAGGCCGGUAAGGCAGCACCGAUACUGGCCAAGUAG